CAAUCGCAGCAUGGCCUGAACAUUGAGCAGCCUUUUCAAGCCGCGCCCACCACGUCAACGCCAGACGCUCGACGUUGUGCGUAAACAGCGGCCAACAAAGACGCCAUCGUCGCUGGUUUGCUUAAACAGAAGCUGGGAACAAGCAACAGUGACAAGCAGGAAGUGUUAACGGAUACCUGCUAAGCUAGUGCUAAAUCUUUAAUCGCAAAGCAAAUGUUGAAAAGAGGACGUGACUGAAGGGUUCAAGAAAAACCACAAUGGACUCCAGGUCUCGCAGACUUCCUUUCUGUCUCACCGGUUCAAGAUCCUCCUACACAUUCAGUCCACCCAGUCCACCCGUGUCCUCAACCUUGAGCUCCACCCGGCUGUACAGCAGGGAGACCAUGCUAAGUAAUGAUCGCAUCCCAAGAGCAUCAUCACCUUACAAGGCAGAUAUGGACAAACAGACUUCACGUCUUUUGAGUUCAUCGCGAGAUUACAGCAGCGCUGACACUCGCUCCAGCGGCUGGAAACUGCCAUCUUUGACGUCCUCCACCAGAUCCUACGACCGAUCCUGGGCAGAACCAUCCUACACUAGUAGGAGCAAAAUGACUAACUCUGAGGAGAGGCUGGGGACACGAUCUGGUCUGUUGAAUGCCAGCGAUGAUGCUGAUUCCAAAAGGGCUAAGCUUUCCUACAGUAACAGAGGACUGUACCCAAGAACAGCCAGCACCUCAAUGACAGCAUCCACCUAUUUCAACAGUGCUGUGGGCAGCAGCAGAGGUGGCGGUGAGAAACUGAGCGAUCCUCUGGAUUCAUCUUCAUCUCGGAGUUCAAAUCAUUUGUUCUCCCAGCCGUCAUCUUCCUCCCCGAAGACUCUGUUGUCAAGGCGAGAGCAAGAAGUGAAGGAUGAGGCCAGCCUUUCACGCUUGAGAGAGCGAAGAGUCCGGACUCCUGGAUUGGUUCCCUCCCUGUAUCAGACAGACCGGGUGAUGUCCACAUAUGCACAAGGAGCACGCCCAAAAGAAACUGCCUACACUUCCUCUUCUCUCUCCUCCUCUUCCUCCUCCUCCACAGUGAGAGACGGCUCCCUGAAUCGUCACAUGUCCUCCUCCACUCCUCAGAGGGCGUCUCCUCUGGUGCACAACUUCAGCAGCAGAGCUGCCGCUCAUUUCACCAGCAGCUCACCCACUCGCUACUCAUCUCGGCAACAAACAAGAACCGCUGAAUCAUCCGGCGUUACCUCUUCCUACUCCUCCCCUCCUUGGCACACCCCUCCCCUGGCCAGACCCGAACCCGUGCCCUCAAGGUCAAAUUCGGAUGUCGGAGAGCCAGAAGGCCGGAGCUCAACCCGUCGACUUCUGUCGCGCCUGUUUUCACGAAGAUCGAGCCAAGACUCUUCGAGCGGCUCUUCCAGUGUUCGCUCUCUUGACGAUGACGGUCCUUCCACCUCCGGGGAGUCUGUGGACAGCGAUGAGGGGGUCCGAACCUCGGGAGCGGUUCCUGACACUGGAGGCUCUGAUACGGCCCUGGGGAGCCUCAGGAAUCGUAGGGCAGACCUCUCCACCACCCAGGGAGGCAACAGCUACAACAGUGGCCCACCUCGGCCCACACGGGCAACAUGGAGAGAGCAGGUUGUUGGUGGAGGGAGCAGCAACAGCAGCGGGAGGUGGAGUCCAUCUUGGCUUUCCUCCUCCCUUCGUGGCCGCUGUCCACCUCUCCUCUCUCGUUUGAGAAGGCACGCUAGACAAGGAAGCUCCCAUUCAGCAUCGGGCUCAGGAGAAGACUCCAGCCAAACUUUACUGAGAAGAUGGGACCAACAUCAGUCAUCCCAAGAGGAGGAUGAAGAGGACGAGGAGGAGGAAGAAGAGGACGAUGACGUGGAAGGAGCAGUUGGUAGGGAGGCUCUGUCUGCUGGCCGUGCCUGCAGGCCGGAGCGGGAAAGCUUACCAGAAGUGGAAGAUGCCCCCGUCCCGUAUUUGCCCCGAUCCAGAGCUGGGCUGUUUGAAAGAAUCACUGCAUCCAUGGUCCAGCUGGGAGAUGCAGAGAGUAAGCCAGAAGAUCCCAAAAGCAUUUCCAGCAGGGAUGAAGCAAAACUGCUGAAAAUCAAAGAAAGACUGCUGCUGGAGGACUCGGAUGAGGAAGAGGGGGACCUGUGCCGCAUUUGCCAGAUGGGGGAGGAGUCUUCGUCCAACCCCCUGAUUCAGCCUUGUCGCUGCACAGGCAGCCUGCAGUACGUCCACCAGGAAUGCAUCAAAAGGUGGCUUCGCUCAAAAAUCAGCUCAGGUACAAACCUUGAGGCCAUCACCACCUGUGAACUCUGCAAGGAGAAGUUACGCUUGAACAUCGACAACUUUGACAUUCAUGAGUUGUACAGGACACACGUGCAAUCUGAGUACGAUGAGUUCAUCAGCAGUGGUCUGUAUCUGGUGGUGCUGCUGCACUUCUGUGAGCAGAGGUUCUCUGAUGUGCUUGGAGCGGUGGAUGCAGCAGGGGUGAGAACGCACUCGACCAAUACUUGUUUAUUCAACCUGGUGAGAAUUCUUCAUGAACACAUGGACAAUCUUGAAAUUCCUCACGAAGAGAGCGACGAGGAGGCGCAUGACGGCAGACCAUCGGUGGACUUCUCCGACUUGGACGAUGACCUGGAGGAGGAAUACUAACUAUGGGAGCAACAUAAAGAGUGGCACAUGUGAUCUGGCAGGUGGAAGGUGCUUUGACAGUUUAAGUGCAGGAAAACAUUUGCUGCCAGAGGCUUUUUGCAGAUAUGCGAAUUAGAAAUUCAUCACAUUUGUAAAACAGUUUCUUUGAUUCAAACCACUAUUUCUUUUUCUCCAAAAAAAAAUGCACUUUAUUCAACAUGCAAGUCUUUCUAAUGGUCAUACCAUAAGUGCUUUUCAUGGUUAAUCAGAAGGACAACUGUGACGUGUGACGGGAACGUUGAUUGUGGUGGACACUUGAAGACCAUACUUUUGGGAUGAUUUGGGGGGGAGGGGGGCGGUUAUUCCAUGUUUUCCUUAGAACUUUUCCUGUUUUACCUCUCACCCCUUUAAAAUACGCUCUUGUUUCAUAAAUGUUUCUCAAAAUCUGGUUUCAUGCUUUUAAGUUUGCGAAUAAAGUUGUUGACAAAACUGCCA